CUUUUUUUUUUUUUCGUGGUGUACAUUUGUUUGUAUAUUCAGUCCUUUACUAGUAAACUAUGUCAGCAACACUUCCUGAAUAUGCACCUGUUCCUGGUGAUCUUGAAUUGGUAUACUUACAAGUAGUACAUCGUCAUGGUGAACGUACUCCAGUUCGUAGUCGUUUAGAAAAAAUCAUCCCUUCCACUUGGAAUCUUUGUGACGCAAACCGAGCAAUGUUUGCAACUAUAUUGGAUUUCAAUAAAAGUCAGGGACGUAGUAAUGAUGGUAUACCAGCUUCAUUUGUACCACUUCAACGAAUAGUAGAAAAGAAUGGUAUGUCUGGAAACGACCAAGUGACUUAUCCUGCUGGUGCGUGUUAUUAUGGUCAACUGACAAACUUAGGUCGUAAGAACAUGACUUCCUUAGGGGCUCGCCUUCGAGAAAUCUAUAUUGACAAGCUUCACUAUCUACCUGACUAUUUUGAUGAAAAACAAGUUUAUAUUCGAAGCAGUGAUUAUCCUCGAACUCAAGAAUCUGUACAACAAAUGGUUGCCGGUGGCCUAUAUCCUGAUGGAAAAAGAAGUGAUGACUCCAUACUUCAAAUUCGUAUUCGUGAUCCCCGAACUGAAAAUCUAUAUUCAAAUCCAAAUUGCGCUCGACUUCGAGAAUUAUCCAAAGAAUUCCGUACCAAGGUGGCAGAAUUGCACAAAGAUGAUUUCAAAAAUUUGACUAAAAAGUUGGAAAAGUAUGUUGACGAUGUAUCACUUGUUUCUCAUCCCUCGGCCAAUGGCAUUUUAGAUACUGUUGUAUCAGCAAAGGUACAUGGUUUUGACUUACCAGUUGAAUUUGAUGAUCAAGUAUUAUUGGAUCUAGAAAAAAUUGUGGUCCAUGAAUGGUUUUAUAGUCAUAUGGAAUCAAAUGAAGUACGUAGACUUGGUUUAGGACGAUUAAUGGCUGAUAUUCGAGAUCGGAUGGUCCGCCGGGCGAAUGGCACAGAUCACAAAGUUGGAGAAGAAGAAUACAAAUUAUCAAUCUACUCUGGGCAUGAUACUACCAUUGCACCGAUAUUGAUUAUAUUGGGUGGUUAUGACAAUAGAUGGCCUCCAUUUGGAAGUUCAAUUAUCUUUGAACUGUUCAAGAAACAAGGAACAACAACUAGUGAUGGUGGAAUGUUUGGAUGGUUCAACAAGAAAAACAAGGAAGAAGAUCAUUUUGUCCGUGUACGAUUCAACAACAAGAUCCUUCAAUUACCAGGAUGUGCCGAGAAAGGAAAGCAUCACAGUGAUAGUGGUGACCAGAGUUUGUGUACCUUGGAAGCCUUCAAGAAAAUUGUACAAGAACAGAUUCCGGAUGAUUGGACAACCGAAUGCAGCAAAGUAGAAAUAUAGAUAUAUGUUUAUUAGAAUAGAUAUCAAUAAAACAUCUUUUUUUUUUUAUUA